AACAUCCCCUCGGCUCUCCGCCGGUUCCAGGAGGUGCUGGAGGACACCCCAGGGAGGAGGACCCUCUCUGCCACGGACAUCAGCUACUGGGCCUCAGAGCAGAGCAAGGACCUCUCCCGCAUCAGCAAGCACCUCCAGAUGCUGCUGCAGCAGAUCAGCCCUCUCAAAUCUCAGCUGGAGGAGUCGGAGAAGCAGAAGGACGAGCUGCGGAAACAGGUGGAGGACUUCUCCCGCUUGCUGCAGGCAGAGAAGGAGGCCCAAGUGCAGCAGAGGGAGGAGGCUGAGUGGAGCCUGCAAGUCCGGAACAAGCAGCAUUCAGAGGCUAUAGCCAGGCUGGAGCAGGACAAGGAGGACCUACGGCGAGGAGCUGCUGUGCUGAAAGAGCAACUCUCCACCUUAAAGGAGGAGCUGGCUGUGAAGCAGGCUGCUGUGCAGGAGCUGGAGGUGACCAAGACAGCCUUGCUGGAAGAGAGGAGGACCACGGAGGCAGCCAGGGGCCAGGUGCUGGAGCUGGAGGAGAAGGUGCAGCUGCUUACUGGGCAGCAGGAGAGCCUGGGCCAGGAGCUGAGCAGCACCACCACCCUGCUGGCGAAGGAGAAGGCCAAAGUGGAGAGCAUACUGAGGCACGAGGAGUCCCUGCAGGCCAAGCAGAGGCUCCUGGUGCAGCACCUCGACAGGCUGGACCAGGAGCGUGAGGAGCUGCAAGCCAGCCUGGGAGAGGCUGAGGAGGACAAGGCCAGGCUGGAGGAGAGCUGGGAGCAGAGCAAGCAGCAGCUCCGGGCACAGCAGGAGCUGCUGGAGGUGCUGCAGAAGGAGAAGCUGAGCCUGGAGCAGUCUGUCUCAGAGCUGCAGGUGACUACGUCCAAGCUGGAGGCGCAGGCUCAGGAGCUGAAGGAGCGGGAGAAGCUCCUAGUGUUCUUCCCUGAGGUCCACAGCCCCACCGAGAUGCAGGUUGAGAGCACCGGGAGCUUGACCGAGGACACGGAGAACCAGCUCCGGGCCAACAGCAUCCGCAUCAGCGGGCUGGAGCGGGAGCAGGAGCAGGCGCGGCUCGGUCCAGCGCUGGCCAAGCUGAAGGCGGCUGCAGCGCGGGGCGUGCUGAAG